AUGAUAUGGCCUGUGAGCAGAGGACGACAACCAGAGAGAUCUGCACAUUCCAAAGAAUGGUGUGAUUACCAUAACUUUUACAGUCACCCAACUAAUCGUUGCAUACAAUGGAAGAAAUACAUACAAGACAAAAUUGAUGCUGGGCAAUUUCAAGAAUAUAUUGAUAGACCCCUUUCAGAGAAGGACAAGACAGUGAAAUUGACAGAGAACAGGAGAGUUAUCAACACUAUUACUUAUUCUGAAAAAGCAGAACCGAACAUGAUACAGGACAUGGCAGUAAAGUGUUGCAAAAGAAUACGAGAUCAUGAUAUAUUCAGAAUCGAUGGAGUCACCGUAGAACCUUGGGAGGAUUGGAUGGCCACCCCGUUGGUGUUUUCUACUAAAGACAUUGAUCAAGAAAUAGAAAUACACAACGACCCUUUGAUUUUAACUAUUCCUAUUUCAGGGUGGACCGUUACAAAAGUCUUAAUUGAUGGAGGAAGUUCGAUGAAUGUCCUAUACUAUGAUACCUUCAAAAGAAUGGGAUUCAAAGAUGAAGAUCUAGUGUCAUCACCGUAUACCAUAUACGGAUUCAAUGGGGCAUCAUCAAAACCAAAAAGAGACAUCACAUUGGAAGUUCAUGCGGGACCAAUGAAGCAAGAAGCAAAUUUUUCUGUCAUUGACGCUCCGUCACCUUACAAUGCAAUAAUGGGGAGAUUAUGGUUACAUCGCCUAAAGGGAACAACAUGUACAUAUCACCAGUAUCUGAGAUUCCCGACUCCAUGGGGGGAGAUGCAAAUUAAGGGUGAUCAGAUGGAAGCCAGAAAUUGUCAGGCAAUUGAAACUCAAAUAAAUCUCGACAAAAAUGACAGGAGAAGAAAGAAGGCAAUCAAAGACAAGGCAGAGAUUGACCAAUACUUGAUGGACACUAAACAUCUAGAGCUGGAAGAUCGACAACAAAAAUCAUCAUAUAAAAGAGGAGAGUGUUCCACGGGGGUUGUCAAGGACGCUCAAAAUGAUGAAAAAGAAAAGUCGACUAAAUAG